CAGUGAACAUGUUCUACUUCCAGCGUCAGCAGACGAGCCGGUUCCCCUGGGCUACCACAACAGAGUUGACCUGCAGGCCGUGUGAACCCGGGGAGCCCUACCUCUCACAUCUUUAGGAAGAAAGCCAGAAACAGCCCCUACAAACCUUCACCUUCCAGGAGUUUGUCCCUCAGAACAAGAGUGGCCGUCGUAAGACCAGCAACCCCAGCUCUCUACAGGACUCCUUCUCCCUGCCUGAAGAAAGUCUGGUUAAUCGUAAGGGCUACAGUGACAGUGAGAGCAUAGGAGGCAGUCUGGAGUCUCUGUCCAGCCCAGCCCAUGGCAACAGGAGGCUUCCUAAAGCCCCCUCCACAGGGACAAUGUCAUCAGACGACCUGGAUGAGAGGGACAUAGGCACCGUCCUGGAAGGAGAUUGUGUGGACUCCACUCCAGAGGGGAACGGUACGGCGGGGAAGGUACGAACUACGUCCCGAGCCGCACUGACACACCGACUCAGGAAGAUGAAGAGCAAGAUGGUGAAGUGCAAACAGUGUGACAAUUACAUCGUGGUCAACGGCAUCGAGUGUGAGGAGUGUGGCGUGGCGGUUCAUAGGAAGUGUCUGGAGGUGUUACAGCAUGAGUGUGAGAACAGGAAGGGCGUUCUGUUUGGGGUGGGUUUCUCCCUGUUGCCCCGGGACCGGCCUGACGAGGUGCCCUUCGUGGUCCAGCGCUGCACGGCCGAGAUAGAGAGCAGGGCCCUCACUCUACAGGGGGUGUAUCGUAUCAGUGGGUCGAAGCCUCGCAUCCAGAAGCUGUGUCAGGUCUUCGAGACCCAGAAGGACCAGGUCGACCUCUCUGACCUUUCACCUCAUGACGUCACCUCAGUCCUCAAACACUUCUUCAAGGAGCUUCCAGAGCCGCUGUUGACCUUUGACCUGUACAAUGACUUCAUCUCGGUGGGCAAGGAGAUCCAGCGUCUCAGUGGGAGGGAGGCGACAGCUGAGAUAGUGGAGGACCUCACAUAUAGCCUGAGAGACCUGCUGGGGAGACUGCCCCCAUACCGCUACUACACACUGCAGCAUAUGAUGCGUCACCUUCACAGAGUAUCAGAGAACUACGAGGAGAACAAGAUGUCUCCCAGUAACCUGGGCAUCAUAUUUGGUCCGACCUUGCUGCGUCCGCUGGUGUCUGUAGACGUGUCCAUGGUGGCCCUACUGGAGACCACCUACCAGGCCCUACUGGUGGAGUUCCUCAUCACACACCACCAACACAUCUUCGACGCUCCACCUCCCGCCCCCACCACCCCCCUCCCUGACACCCCUUCCCGGGCGACGUGUUCAGGAGGGGCCCAGAAGACGGUUGCAGGGGCUGACCCUGGCUCUCAGUACCCCCCCGCUGGAGGAGCCUCGUCCAGAGAACGCCCCCGCUCUCUAGAGACUCGCACAAUCAAGAGAGACUUGAGUGAGGGUUAUAUAUCUGACAAGUCGUCGUCCAAUGAGGCAGUGGACCAGCUCAGCCCUGAAGCCAAUGAGAGAGCAGUCGUGGCUGUGAGGGGGGCAUCAGCAGAGGCUGCUGCUCUGGGUGAUCUGGUGGGGGGUCCAGAGCCAGGGGACUCUCCCUCUGUGGGGACCCAGCCACAGAGCCACUUCAGUAGGCAGCCUGUCAAAUACCAGCGCCAGCCCACCCCGGGUCUCCGCCGCUCUGCGGGCACUACCAGGGCCGGGCAGCUCGGGGAAGAGGAGGAUGAAGAAGAGGAAGAUGAAGAGGAGGAGAGGAGGAGAAACCAGUCGAGGAGCAAAGACAGCAGUCGUAGCCCCUCCCCUGACCCUGGUAACCAGAGAAGGAGAAGCCUUCGAUUGGAGCUCCCCCCCGAGACCACCGCCUACCACCUGCUCAGCCAGGCUGGAGGCCGCUCACCAGAGAACCAGACAGAAAGAGAGAAGACACGCCCAUAUGAGGUUCCACAGGGCAGGCUGCGGGCGGGGACAGUGGUAGUAGAACCCUCAAUAGCUGCAACAGCAGUAGCGGCAGGAGCCAAUCCGACACCGAGCACCGGUGCUCAGGAGGCGUGGCUUAGAAGUCGGUUAGCCACAUUGUCUCAGCUGAACGUGAACCAGUCCAAUAACAGUCAGGGGUGGGUGGGUGAGAGGCGGAGACAGGGCGGAGAGGAGGGUCUGAGUGGCCCGGCCCAGAGGAUCCUGUCAGGACUGAAGCUCAGACACAGCCACUCAGGACUGCAGCAACACUUUGUCUGAGGAAGGAUGAAACUUUAAACCAUAGAAUUGGAAUCACAUUCGGGAAUGGACAUUCCUCAUUCAAAUCAACGUUUUGUGACUGGCAGGAUUCUAUUUCUAUGGUUAAACCCAUAGAAGGGAUGAAUUGUACUAUGUAACUUCAAAUGUUUUUUACAAAUAAACUGAAAAAUUACAUCC